AUGGAAGUCGGCGACGGGAUGCUGGGUAGCAUGUUCGAGCAUCUUAUGCGUAGUAGCUACUGUCCUCGUGACGUCUACGGCAAUGAAAAUACCAAGUGCUGGGAUUCCAUCCUCCACGACCGGGUCGAGCUUUCAGAUUGCAGAGCGGCCCUCUUGUUCCCGAGGGAGUAUUACUUGGGGAGAAAAAUGCUGCCUUCGGCCAGCGCUGUGUCAAGGACGCUCCACAAUGGCAAGCUCAUCUUCCUUAUCUCUCGUCGCCCAAAAGCUGGAUACAUGUGGUGGACCUUCUUUUCCUCUGCAACAGUCGCGUCCUGGCGAUUAGACCUUUGCCAGGACGCCGUUGACCGAUAUUGGCCGAAUCGCGGAAUCCUUACGGCGGUGCGGUACCGCGGCUCCACAGGCCCGUAUUGCGAGGAUGGUAUUUACACAUGGUUUGCCGGCAGCGAUUUGGCGGAAAGGACUUCAAUAUAUUACAGCCUAGCUGGAUUCUCUGAUGCGGAGUUGGUGCCCAAUCAUGCGGCGCUGGCCAUUCUUGCUGCUCGGACUAUACCUAAGUACUGA